AUGAUAACAUUUGGCGCUGGUAACUCUUCAUCGGCGCUAGAAGAUACAGGGGAAGUGAGAAGCAUCUGCGAAAGUAUAUGCAGCGAUGGGUCCAAUGCGACCGUCCAGCCUGGGGGCUCUAACCAGAGGCCUCGCAUGGAUAUAGCGUGUGUUCUUGAUGUGACCCAAACUUUGAACCUUGCCCAUAGAAAAAGGGCUUUAGAAGAAGUACGAUUGGCGUCUGAACUUGUCAAUGCUAAUUUGCAUCACAUACAUUUUGAGAAGCUGGAUUUCGGUGAAACAAAUGUUCUGGACACCUUCUACAAUGCAGAUGUGGCACUGGUUGAUCUCAGUGUGCAGUUGCAGCAAAGCUCUUUGCUGUACCAUCUUGGAGUUAGAGAGAGCUUUGAUAUGAAGGAGAAUGUUCUAUUAUACAAUGAUGUUGAUGCAGACUCCACAUUAAGGCUUAAGUUAUCACUACCCAACUUCCUGUUCGUCUCGUACAAAUUGACGGAUGCUGGUACUUGCGUGACUACCAACCCUGCUGCAACAAAAUUUAAGGGCGAAGACGCAGCGGACCCUAAGCAACAUCUGACUUUGAGAUUGAAGAAUAUAUUGCAAGAUGUUGAGGUACAAACCAAAGCACACCUGCAAGAGAAAUUCCUAUCAGAUCUUCGGAAAGCUCGUGAAAUAUACAGCGGACAAGAACUUGCAAAUGUUCUUCACGCGAUGCGACGAAGGUUGGAUGAUCCUGCCGUUCUUUCUGGAGAUACUAUCCUUAGCAUGCUCAUAUCGUUCCGUGAGAUACAGGAUUAUGAUGCGAUCGUGCAAGUGGUCGACGAUCUCAAGACCAUCAUGAACAGGAAAAAUUAUGUGAACAUGCCUAUUAUAAGGUUCAUGUAUGCCUUCGCUAUGAAUAGACGAAACAAGGAAGGUGAUAGAGAAAAUGCUCUUAAAGUAUGCGUCAAAGCAUUAGAGAAGAAAGAAAAUAGAUUUCCUGAUAUGUUGUGUUUGUGCGGUCGCAUUUACAAAGAUAAGUUUGUUGAAUCGCAGCACUCGGAUAAGGAAAGUCUGAAUAAUGCUAUUCAUUGGUACAGACAAGGCUUCGAAGUACAGCCGAAUGAGUAUGCCGGCAUUAAUUUGGCAACACUUUUAGCUAUAGCUGGAAAUGAUUUCAAGAACUCGGAAGAGUUACAACACAUAGGCAUGGUACUAAAUCAUUUAAUAGGUAAGAAAGGCAGUCUAUCAUCAUUAAAAGACUAUUGGGAUGUUGCAACGUUUUUCGAGAUCUCAGUGUUGGCCCAAGACUAUGUAAAAGCGAUACAGGCAGCGGAAUGUAUGUUCAAGUUGAAACCACCGAACUGGUACCUUAAGUCUACUAUAGGAAAUAUUGAACUUAUAGAUAGAUUUCGGAAGAGUGAAGAAGUAACGCCAGAACAACAGGUGUUCUCAUUUUGGAUGGAAUAUUUUGUAGAAGCCACUAAGAGCAGCUGUGAAAAUGUUAUUAGGUUUCCUGUGUUAAUAUUAGAAACAACUAAAGUGUAUGUGCCUUCUUACGUGAACGUGAAUAUGGGCGCGGAACAGAAGUCUGUAGAAAUUCUAAAUCUGUGUUUAGAAUCAAUGCGUGGACAGUGCCGGCAAGUCCAUCGUUGGUUAUUCACCUCGGAUAUGAUUAGGAGCUACAGUUUAUACAAACGAGAUGAGCGCUGUUUGUUCCUGUACGUGAGCGAAAAUUCCGACGACUUUCAAAUCUUUUUGUCGUCACAGUCAUGUCGGGAACGCUUACACGAUCUACUUGGAGAACUCACUGCAGACCACGAAAAGGUUACCGACCUCGAUACUAGUGGCAUGCAAGAUCAACUGAAGUUCGAGUACGAGCUGGACGACUUCAACAAGCGCGUGGUGCUGGGCAAGGGCACGUACGGGGUGGUGUACGCGGCGCGCGACCUCAACACGCAGGUGCGCAUCGCCGUCAAGGAGAUCCCCGAGCGGAACCUCGGCGACGUGCAGCCGCUGCACGAGGAGAUCCUGCUGCACUCGCAGCUGCGCCACAGGAACAUCGUGCAGUAUUUAGGCUCAAUAUCAGAAGACAAUUAUUUCAAGAUUUUCAUGGAACAAGUACCUGGAGGAUCGCUCUCAGCAUUACUACGUUCUAAAUGGGGACCGUUAAAAGAAAAUGAAGCAACUAUAGCAUAUUACACAAAACAAAUUUUAGAAGGUCUAAAAUACCUCCACGAUCAGAAAAUCGUCCACCGCGACAUAAAAGGUGACAACGUGCUGGUGAACACGUACAGCGGAGUGGUGAAGAUCUCGGACUUCGGCACGUCCAAGCGCCUCGCGGGGCUGUGCCCCUCCACCGAGACGUUCGCGGGCACGCUGCAGUACAUGGCGCCCGAGGUCAUCGACAAGGGCCAGCGCGGCUACGGCGCUCCCGCUGACAUUUGGUCUUUAGGCUGCACAGUUGUAGAAAUGGCUACAGGAAAUCCACCUUUCAUCGAACUCGGGUCUCCGCAAGCUGCUGUUUUCAAGGUGGGAUACUACAAAAUGCAUCCAGAAAUUCCUCACGAGUUGUCAAACAAGGCUAAGAACUUUAUUCUGCGGUGUUUCGAAGCAAAACCAGAGGAACGAGCAACUGCUGCCGAACUCUUAGAAGACCCUUUCCUUUGCGAAAAGAAGAAGCCUACAAGUAGAUUAGGCAGCAACAUGGACUACAGUCGUAGCAUAUCCGUACCAGCAGAUAAAGCACGUCCCAUCACUGCACACAAGAAAAUUUCGGAGCCUAGUAUAGCUUCUAACCUGCCCAGUUCACCAGAAAUCGAGGUGAAAACGAUCCGGUCUAACCCGACAAUCACUAGGACAGCCUCGUCGAUGCUCUCACCGAUACUGAUAUACCCACCGGAUUUGUCUAAUAGCAGUACAAUGCCCAACACGCCAUCCACAGAUGAGAUGGACAAUAAUGACACGCUGCUAAACAGACGGAGUUCUUCAGGUGGUCUAUUAUCUCCAGAGGUGGACAUGCCCAAUGUGUCUCGGUCUUCAAUUGACGUGGAACACGACGGGUUCUACCUACUGAAGAAGGACUCACAACGCCGCCUGACCCUGUCACGGGUACUAGAACAAGACGCAGAGACUAUUUGUAACAAGUGGAUGCUCAGCAUUACCCAGGAUUUCGGUACUACAGUGUUGACUAUGAACCAUCUAGAAACUCUACGUUGUGCUCUAAAAGAUUACAUCAUGGAUCAGAAUAAAGCAGUCAUAGAGCAGGCUAUCACAACCUUAAAAGAGGAACUAGAUUUCGACUCCAACGCGAUUAAUGAAUUACAUUCAGCUAUAUACAUGUUCCAAGAGGCUGUGAACGCGGUGUUGAGAAUGCAUAGUAUCAAACCUCAUUGGAUGUUUGCGUUGGACAAUCUAGUGAGGAAUGCUGUGCAGGCCGCUAUCACUGUUUUGUCACCAGAACUGGGUGCAAAUCUGGCCGGUCAAGAUUCUGGCGGUCGGAGAUCGGGUCCGGUAGCUGCUGACACAACACCAUCUGCAAUGUCGUCCGCUGCAUCUGCAAGAGACACGCAUUCGUUGCACGCGUUGAGACUUGAGAACCACAAAUUACAUCAGGAGUUAUUAGAUAGUUACCAGCAGUAUCAGAGUUUAUUGCGACAAAUGCUUGAAGAACAGAAGACGCAAACUAUGAUAUUGAGAGAAUUAGUUGAGAAGAAGACACGGGACAGCACGCCGGAGGGUGCGGUGGAGGUGGCGGGGGAGGAGAGCGCGGAGGAGUGCGCGGAGGAGGCGGGGCGCGUGCGCGCGUGGGUGGCGGCGCGCGCGCUGCCCGGCGCCGUGGCGCGCGCGCUGCUGCGCCAGCGCUACUCGCUCGCCGACCUGCUGCACCACGCGCAACGCGAGGACGUCGCGCGCCUGGGGCUGCCAGGUGGCAUAGAACUUCGACUUUGGCGCGCAAUCCAGGAACACCGCUUGCACAACAGUCCGGCACACCUGCGACGGACGAGUAGCACCGAAACAGACAUAGACAACAACAGUAUCGUUGUCGUCGAGUGUAACCGCUGCAAGGCAACACGACGGACCUUAUCUAACAACUCGUCGUGCUCCAACAACCCCACAGUAGUGAUAAGAGAUCAGCAGAUGAAUGGAAACGACUCGGUAGCUGACUAUUAUAGAGAGAACGGAGACGUCAACCUUUGA